UGCCUUCUCUCCUCUCUUUAAACAAAACCUCAUCGUUUUCUUUUAACUAAGUCCCCUUUCUUUCCCAAAAACACACACCCCCUCUACGAAUCGAUAACACGAAGAAAAAUUUGCAUAUUUAUAUAAUAUCCAAUCACUCUCUCUCUCUCUAGGGUUCUUUCUCUCUCUCGUUCAGUCAUGGCGAAGAAGAGGAAGUCUGACGCCACGCGCCUCGAUGAGGUUGAUCGGACCAUGUACACAACCUUUUGCAGCGCUGCAAACUCUCUUUCCCAGCUCUAUGCCCAGGCUAUGAGCCAUCAACGCCUUUCCUUCCAAGCCGGAGAACGUCACGCGCUGGAGAAACUAUAUCAAUGGAUUUUGAGACAACAAGAGGAGGGGUCAAGAGUGGCAACAGUUGAUAUAGUCUCUUACUUGCAGAAUGAGCUUGAAUAUGGAGGUGAGGAGCCUCCAAUGUCCCCAAGGCUGCCAUUUCAACAACAGCAUUCGCACUCGACUAAUUUAGGACCAACUGUUACCUCUAAUUUGGUUGCACCAGCCACUGUUGGACAGGGAGUUCGCUGGGGCCACACAGAUCAACAGCCCAAGAACUCAGUUUUUUCAAAUGCUCUGUCUAGCCCUGUUCGUCGGAGCCUUCACCAAGCGGCACAAGGCGGUUACAAUUCAAAUAAUUUUAUGUCGGGAAAUGGCCCUCGGAAUAAUGAGACAAAUUGUCCUCAUCAAAACAGGGAAACAACUUCCCCAACAUCUAAUGACUCAAUGGACAUGCAUGCUGAUAGUCCUAGCCAUGAAUAUCCUUACUGAAAUAAUCUGUCUGUAAGAAAAAAGGGGGGGAAAAACAAUGGAAAAGAAAAUGGCUUUGAUUAAUGAAAUUUGUGUGGUCAGAAAGUGCUGAAAUUCACAGAAAAUCAGUACGAAGUUCAGUUUCUAUUUAUCGAUAAUCUAUUUUAAGCUUGAAUGUCUAAAA